CAAUAAAGAAAAGAAAAAGAAAGGAGGGUCUUUCUUCAUUGCCCGGGUUGGACUCCUAGGCUGAAGGGAUCCCUCUCCUUCUCAAUAGCUGGGGCUACAGGAGUGCGCCACCACGCCCGCCUGGCUCAAUUCCUGUUCCUUUUGGUCUAUAAAGCAGACUGCGGCCAUGGGGCUCAUCCAAUAGAGUCACCAGCCACUGGAGCUUUACAGGAGAGAGUGGGAGGGAAGGCUCAGAGAGGUCACUCAGGACCCAAAGUGUGCCCAGACGGGCCCUAACUACGUGGCGUGACCUCAGGAGGGGCAAACUGAUCAACGACACCGGGUCCCCACCCACCCUGACCGCUCCAGGGUAUGUUUAGGUGUCCGAACUCUUGCUCUUCGAAGAGAUUCAGACAGCGCGAGACACCCCUAACAGUCUACGGAGGCCAGGAUUGUCCGGAGCGGAAGUGGAGCCGCGCUUCUCAGGGGCGCGCCGAAGCGCACUGCGCAGCCGCGGUGGGAGGAGGCACCGGCCGCGCGGCGGGAGGAGGUGCCGGCCGAGUAGUGCAGACAGCGCCGGGAAGAUGAGCACGGCAGGUGGCGGCCGUCCCCGCCAGGCGCAAGUGUCCCGCCGCAUCUCCUUCAGCGCGAGCCACCGAUUGUACAGUAAAUUUCUGAGUGAUGAAGAAAACUUGAAACUGUUUGGGAAAUGCAGCAAUCCAAAUGGCCAUGGGCACAAUUAUAAAGUUGUGGUGACAGUACAUGGAGAGAUUGACCCUGCUACGGGAAUGGUUAUGAAUUUGGCUGAUCUCAAAAAAUAUAUGGAGGAGGCUAUUAUGCAGCCCCUUGAUCAUAAGAAUCUGGAUAUGGAUGUGCCAUACUUUGCAGAUGUGGUGAGCACGACUGAAAAUGUAGCUGUUUAUAUCUGGGACAACCUCCAGAAAUUUCUUCCUGUAGGAGUUCUUUAUAAAGUAAAAGUAUAUGAAACUGACAAUAAUAUUGUAGUUUAUAAAGGAGAAUAGCUAUUGGGGUUAACACUGUACAAAGCCCAGUUUCCUUCUGUGUUUGAAAAAGAUUUUGAUUCCCUUGGAAUAUUAAGAGGUCAGCACGUGAUUGUUGUACCUCCACAUUGUGCUCUGGAGUCCCUAUUUAUUGAAAUCAUUGUAAGACCUGUUAUAAAUUUAAGUCUAUUUAAAACUAAACUUGUAAUAUAUUCUGAAAAUCAUUUAGAGAGUUUUUUAUUUAUAAAUUAAAAAUCACUUCAUUUCCAGCAAAA